AUGGGCAGCGUCUACAACAUGGCCAGGCACAGCAUGUCGGAGAACUGCUACAAUCUGUGCAAGGGCCGCCCGUCGAGGAGGGACGGCUCCCACUGGUGCUGGGAGGACUGCCAGCAGUGCGUGUGGACCGUCGGGAAGAAGCUGUCGGACUGCUACGGGGAGCCCUACGACAUGACGUGCCGCUAUGGCAAGGAGCUUGGCAAGGAGGGGUACUUCGCGAAGAACGGCAUCGACCCCAAGCGAUUAGAAGAGCGUGCCAGCCGCUCAGGGGCUAGCAUGGUCGCGCUGUCCAGCCUUUUCGCCCUUGCUGCGUUUGGUGGCAAGGGAACUUGCGCAUAG